AGUCCAUCUGCGAGCUGAAGGAUGUUUCCGGAAACAGCAACGACUGGAUCGUCCUGCGGGAAAAACCUCUGGGAUGCUGGACGGACUUCCAGACGGAGAACGGGACAGAAGUGCACAUCAUCAACCUGGAGGAUAAUCCUUCAGUGUUUACGGUGAAUCUGCUGAAGGCGAACAAGUCUGUGGUGAUCUUCACAUCCUCCAGUGCACAGUCCAGCCACGCCAUGCUUUUCGAUAACCCAGCCGUCAGCAUUUACGUAACGAACAAGACUUCAUUAACAUUUAUCCACCCGACCCAAAAGCCUCUGCAGAUCCUCACAGCGCCACCUGCAGGCAAUGUUUCUGCAGUGCUGCGAUGGGCAGCGGAGACGUUUGGAGGAGUCACAUCCGUCACCAACGCACGAAACCCAAAGACCAUCACAUUCACUGGGGUCAAAGGCUCUCAGAACUCCUCCAGAUGUGAACUGAUGCCAGAAACACCAACAGAAAAACCCUUCAUCCAUCUGGAGCUGAAUGAACCCAUUGAAGCACUAAAGUCCUGCUAUAUGAAGCACGAAGGAGAAAAACUGCACAUCAUCAACAUUCCUGAUGGCGUCACGAUCAGGCAUGUUUCUGUGCAUCUGCUCUCCGACUGUAAUGUUGUCCUGCGAGGUCCAGCAGGCACCCACUGGAUCAUCAAAAACAGCCUCAGAAUAGGGAUUCUGAGCAACAAUCAGAUCCACUUACAAAGUUUUCCAUUGCGUCCGAGGAUGGCGAUCUCUGAUAACCCCACAGACAUCAGGCAGAAAGCGUUAUCGUACUUCAGCAGCGGCUUCAUCAGCAGCUACUCGGAGAUCCGUCUCAAUGUGACAAACGUAGAGUUGUGGAUCACAGACUACAGCAUCUCCUCAGCUCCAACAGAAGUGGAGAAAACCACUCCAUCGCCCACGUCUCCUCCGUUUCCUGUUCAGAUGCAACUCUUCUCGUCUCCAGAUUUCACAACACCUAUAGAUAACAACAGCAGAGUCCUGAGCGACAAGAGGGUGUAUGCUGAGAUCUCCAGCCAGACGUUUCGAGAGGCCAGCAUCAGAGUCAGCAGCUGCUGGGUUCGAUCCACGCCAGUAACCAGAGAAAUGCCGUUCAGAGAAGAGCCGUGUUUUAUUAAAGACUGUCCCAAGAGGCUCAGCUUCUCCUUCCAGAUCCUGCAGGACCUGCCGGCCGGCUCCUGGGACCUCGAAUGUGCUGUAAAACUCUGCGGCGUCAAAAGGAUAAACAAUGAGGAGAGUUGUACGAGCGAAACCCCAGUGAAGAGGAACGUGCAGGUCAAGCCAUUUACACCAACCACAAAUUCGUGUUUUGAGUUUGGACUCUCGGCUGUUCUGGGCAUAGCGUUCGGAGGAUUUCUGAUCGGAGUUCUGCUCACCGGUGCUUUAUGGUUCAUUAAGAUACGCACAGGGCAUCCCGUGGCUCUGGGAAUGAGAUCAACAGCAGCCGAGCUUUCAGUCCUCUCCAUAUCCGGAUGCCCGUGUGGUCUGACCAAACGCCAGCCAGUGCCCACCCACCCGUCUCCAUCCGAGAACAGCAGCGCCAACGCCAGCAUCGGCAGCACCCAGAGCACACCCACCAGCAGCAUGGCAUAACCCCGUCCUGAUCCAACAGGAGGAAUCUGAAACCCACCAGCAGCAUGGCACAACCCCGUCCUGAAAUGGAGAAACCAGAAACCUCAAACCUCACGCCAGUUUCACAUGAGGUCUGCAGUGUGUGUGCGGUAAAGAUGCAGUCAAUGAGUAUGUUUACAUGGACACCGAUACUCGAGUUUUAAUGUGAUUAAGACGACACUCUGAUUAGGAGUCGACCAUGUAAACAACUACUUUUGAUGACCUUAACGUGACUUCAUUAUAAGGUAAAUAAUUAGAUUACUGACGUCCAUGUUAAAGCAGCCAAUGAUAUCGUAGCUUUCAGUAACAAAAACUCUCAGUAAGACAAGCGUUUUUAGCAGUGAAGUCAAUGGUUACAGGUUUUCGAGCAUUAUUCAAAAUAUCUUCUUUUGUUUUUUUCAUAGGAACGAAAGUCAGACAGGUUUGGAACUAGUGGACUACUCAUUCAUUU